GAAUACGUAUCACUUAAUACAUAUCGAAUAAUUGAUUUUUCCAUACGGAAAUGAGGAGCAUGUUAUAUUCCUUAAAAUGGAACGUACUUACCCCAUCCGCAUCACAUAAACACAAACAUUGAACAUGUCUGAACAAGUCGCCGCAAAAUUUGAAAUUUGAAUCAUAGUGGCUAGAAAAGUGAUUUCACUGAAUAUUUUAUAUUACACAUAUCACGAUACUGUUGAUAUGGUUGAUUCGGUUUGUUUUUCUUACCAUUUUUUAAAUAAACAAAAUGUUAGAUCGUUUAGUAAUAUUUUUUGUUUAAAAAUAUUAAAAACUGAAAAUCAUGAAAAGUUUCUGCAUACAAUUUUUCAAGACGACUAUUCGGUACGUAAUUUACCACAGGAUAUACGGCAUAUAUUAUCAUGUUUGAGGAUUAAUAUAAAAAAUAAUUGUGGUGGAGAUUUUAAAAUCUUUUCAAAUAUAAACACAAGCGUCAAGGUCUUAAAACCUGUUGAUAAGAAGGAAAUAUUAAAUGAAUCUACGCUGAUUAUGAUAAAAAUAAUGCCCAAAAUGUUUUUCGGAAACAACCAUAACUUAAAAAUAUUCAAAAGGUGCAUUAAAAGAAUAAUUUAUAGUAUGAGAAAGGAACAUAUAUUUUUUAGAAAUCUCCUUUCUACUUGGGAUUUCACGGCUGAUAUGUGGAAAAAUUUAGAUGUUUUAGAAUCCGAAUCUCGAUAUAUCUUAGAAACUAUUUUAAUGUGGGUAUUUAAAAAUAUUUUGUCUGCAAUAAUAUCUUUAAAUUUUUAUGUUACUACAAGUAAAGUAGAUUCAGACGAAAACAAGCUCCAUUAUUUUUGGAACAGUCAAUGGCAAAGAUUUUAUGAUAAGGAACUAUUAAUUAUGAGAAUAAAUAAUAUAAUAAGGAAGUAUGAACCGUAUUGUUUAGGAAAAAAGGUAAAAAGAAAAUAUAUUUUGCAACAGCGAAUUCGUAUAAAGCACAUAAGUAAAGAAAUACCUAAACUUCAUCUCGUACUAAAAUCUAACAAUGAUUUUAGGCCGAUUGUGCGAUACAAAAACGGACUUCUGAAUACCGCUGAAAAACAUAAAGUGAAAGAAAGACUUGCUUUUCUAAAAAUAUUACUCGGAAAACAAAGUGAAAAGCUAGAAUUGCAAUUUGCUGCGCUUCACUCGUCCUGGGUGAAAAAUAAUAAACCUAAAUUGUAUUUUGUGAAAACCGACCUAAGUAAUGCUUUUGGAUCGAUAAAUAAAGCAAUGCUUCAAAAGAUACUCACUGAAAAGUUUAUGCUGUUUCAACAAUCGGAUUAUCCUUUACACAUUAAGAAUAAGUUUGCACUACAAUAUAAAGAAAUAGUAGAAGAGCUUAAGAAGCCAUUGCUGAUUCGUGCUGGAUCAACAGUAUAUGAGUGGAAAGCUGGAUUGGUCCAAGGAUAUAAAUAUUCGCCAGCGUUAUCCGAGCUAUAUUACUCGUACAUGGAUAAAUUAAUUUUCUCCGAUCAUUUGAAGCCGUCGGAAAAUCAAUUAAAAUUGUUUAUUAGAGUCGUCGAUGACUACCUUUACAUCACCGACAACAUUGAUGAUGCGUAUAGUUUCUUAAAGUCGUUAUCCAAAUAUAGAAAUGUUAAUUAUAGUAAAACUGCCGUAAAUUUCGUAUAUCCAGAGAUAAAAAUGUGUGAGGAGAUAAAUUUUCUGGGAUAUACGUAUAAUACAAACAAUUUAAAUGUCAACAGAGCCAGUAAUAUUUAUACUGGUCAGAUGUGCUAUAAAAUAACUUUUUCGUCUGCAAUUGAAAAUACGGGAAAAUUUCUAGAAAAUAGAAUCGGUCAAUCCGGAAUUCCGUUAAACAAUCACAUCUUCAAUUUAAAGCACAAUGACGAAGAAACAAUAUGGCAUAUAAUUUUUACGUCAUUUUGCGUAUCAGCAAACAAGUUUUGUACAAUAUUAUCCAUACUAUGUAACGAGAGAGACAUGUUAAAAUAUUUGUCACUUUACAAGAAAAUUACUGUAAAAUUAUGUAAUACAAUGAUAGAAGUGUUAUUGAAAAAUAAAUCGAACGACUACCUUUUUGUAUAUUGUAUAAAUCAUUUUCGCUAUUUAUCAUUUAAAGCUUUGAUGUUGUGUGCGAAAAAGACUCCGAAAUGUUAUUUGCUCAUUCCUCAUAUAGAUGUGGAAUUAUCGAAAACAAAUUGUAUUUUUGGAAAGUGGAGAGAGCAUGCGUGUCGUAUAAGCAAUUCUGGUGAGAUUGUUCGUUCCGCUGUCAAAGAAGUGUGUAGACGACCAGACCUCAGAAAAAUUAUGAAAUCCUUUGACGAUUUACCUGCUGGCUUUCAGUGUUAUAAAAAUAUAUUUGUAUAGCGUAAACUUAUCUUUCAUGAGUUGUAUACAUUGGCAUAAAGCUUUUAAGAAAUAAAACUGGAAACUGU